AUGGCUUCUGACAUGGACUCCAACACUGCUGGUGUGCAAUACAACCGCUGGAAUGAAGACAACAUCAAUCUGAAUGUGGCUGGAACAGGUGUAACGGGGUAAGCUCUGAGGAAGACUCAUGACUGGGUGACAGUAGAUAUAAUUAGUGUUGUUCUUACUAUUAUAGGGUACCCCUUGUUUAUUAUCACAGGGGAUAGGCUAUACAAAUUAUAGUGAAGGACAAUGUUGUAGGCAGUUCAAGAAACACUUACUUUACUUUCAAUUAAGGUAUAUGAAGUUGAACAUUGUAUUCAGUGCAGUGUUUCCUCCCUUUAAUCCUAGUUGAUUAACUUUUCCAAAUUCUGACCCCUUGAGUUUACUGAUAGUGUAUGGACUGACCCAAACUGUAAUCACUGGCCAUAUUAUGACAUGACAUGUUCUGCUCCCCAAAGGCUCUACAACAGAGUCUGCACUGGCACCCUGGGCAUAGCUAUCAAGGUGGCCGGAGCUUUGGCUGCACUGGUGGCUGUUUACGUCAUAGGAUACGUCACUGGAUAUUAUGUCCACAAAUGCUGA